GCUGCAGCAGGCAUACCAGACCAUACCAAGUGUGACGGAUCAGGACGCCGAGAUCGACGUGUGGAGACAACAAAAAUUCUUUCGCUCUCGUGAUUUGUUCCGCUGGCAUGAAGGGAAUCUUCGCGGCAUGGCAUGCUAGAUAGAUGAUCUGCACUCGUGAGCUCAGGAGCACUGCCAUCCGUCCUCCUCAUGGCGUGGGGCAGUAACGAUCAGGGCGAGUAGAACCCAGGUUCAAGUAAUUAAUUGGUCAACUCUGUGCAGUGACUUCUCGUCCAAGUUUUUCACAGACACUACAGUUCAGUAAAACGGGGGAGGGGAGGAGAGGGGACGGGCCCUGGAUGCGGUACAUGGUGUCGCCUAGCCCGUGGGUUUCUUGAGGAAUAUGCCGCACCCGGCCUUGCAGGUGAAGCUGGCUGGCUGUCAGUGAGCCAAGGCCUCGGACUGUACAACAAUCCCGAUUCUGGUGUUUGCGGAUCUUCGUUCAGUUCCUCGAUAGAGCCUUCUGCUUGCUCAGAGCGUUCACUUCAGAUCGAGCAACGAACAGUUGUCGUUCACAUUCUUCCGAUCCGUCGAGCUUCCGAGUCGUCUAGGUCGGUUUUCGGACCUGGGAUCUCAAACAGGUGUUCCUUGAAUUGGUGUGUCAUGUGCGGCCUGAUCACACCCUUGUCGAAACUGGCGAGUGCUUCAGCUGCAGUUGUUGGUGUGCACGUUCUAGAGGAGGAGGAGGAGACGGGCGCAAAUUCAUGCACAGCGCAGCUCCGGAAAAUCAAAGAAGCUGCUGAAGCGUGCCUUUGGUUGUGUGCGUGAAAUUUGGAGCAAAACUUCUGCAAAGACCAGGCGGCGACGGAAAUCUGAAAUUCAUGUCAGCAUUAUCUCGCUGGCUCGUCACCGUGAGGCUCUCGUGAGAUGGCGGCUACGACAGCAGAGGCAGUGGGCGCAGACAGAGACAGGCACGAUGGCAAGUUCUGGAAGGUCCCCUUACCACCGAGGCACAUUCACUUCGUCAGCUCUGCAGAUUCAGAAGAGUUGCAUCUUCUGUUUUGGGCGCUCAGAAACGCCACAGUGGUGGCCAUGGAUGCCGAAUGGAAGCCCGUGUACAACAAAAGUGCCAAUGCCGGCUCUCCCCGAGUCUCCAUCCUGCAAAUCGCUUGUCGUCUGACAGACGAAGUAUUUGAACGUCAAUUGAAGGCGGACAAAGGAGAGAAGGCUAGCAACAGCCGUGUAGAUCAGGAACGCAGAGACAGAAACCUCGCCUCGGCUUCGAGUCCGAGUCUGAGUCGGAGUCCGGUUGAGAAUGGAGCUGCAGGCACCGGGUCAUGUGACUCAGUUGUGCUCAGAGGGGGGCCGAGGGAGCAAGCAGGAAAUGGAUCCAGUCAUGUGAGGAAAAGCAAAUCUGGAGAAGGCGACAGCUUCUCAUAUCUCAGGGGUAGGAGGAUUUUUCUAGAGCGGAUUGCGUAUGGGGUCGAGAGGCCCAGGCCAGAGGUUAUUUUCAUUUUGGACUUGUUAGCUGUCCCUGCAUCUGCGUUCGGGAAGGUUCUCAAGGAUGUUAUGGUCGACCCGACGGUUCUCAAGCUCGGGUUCGGUUUCAAGCAGGAUCUGAUAAACCUGCGAUCUACGUUUCCCGGUCCAGACUCCCACUGCUGUUUUGAUAAGGUGGACCCCUACUUGGACGUUGGAAAGCUUCACAGACAUCUGCACGAAAACUCCUCAUCCUUUAUGCACCGAGGGAAGAAGAUUGUAGUCGGAGGAGAUGGAUUGGCCUCUAUAGCUGAAGCAGUUUUGGGGCUGCCACUAAGCAAGGACAUGCAAUGCAGUAAUUGGGAGCAAAGACCUCUAUCGGAACAACAGUACGAUUAUGCCGCUGCUGAUGCUUAUUGUCUCAUCGCCAUUUUUGAUGCACUUCAAGUGAAGGCUUCAGACUCGUGGUUUUCCCCGAUCGAGCCAGAAGAUGAUGAGGUCGCUGAGGAGAGCCAGUCAAAAGUCGGAGUUGCAGAGUUACUCUGUCCUCCAGGUGCACUUAUCGUUAACAGCCAUGGAGGCUCUGCCAGUAUUUGCCAACCUAAAAGGGGCAAUGCAGCAAGUAUGGUGGAAGCUGCGUUGUUAUCCAGCUCAAGAAAUGAACCGGGAGGCUACAAGAAGUCGGGUCCUUUUCCAGGGGAGAGUAAGAUCUUGAAUAUAGAAAAACUUACGAAAAGGUUUGGCGAGAAACUAAUAAUCACUGGACGUGAAAGUUCUUCAAGUAAGCGUGUGAGGAGGAAAUCCAGAAGUUGUAGGGCCCGAGAGCAUGGGAAGGGAAAGGAUCUGCAGGAUGAGGCGGAUGUGCAAUGGGUCGGACCACCACCAUGGGAUAGAUCAAUCGGUGGCGACGGAGUACCCAAGUUUCUCUGCGACGCUAUGGUUGAAGGCUUGGCGAGGCAGCUUCGCUGCGUGGGCAUAGAUGCAGCGUCUCCAAAUUCAAGGAAAUGCGAACCAAGAGAAUUGGUAGAUAUAGCUGAGAAAGAAGGGCGGAUUCUCUUGACUCGUGAUGCUAAGCUUCUUCGACGCCGGCUUGUUCCUGCAAGUUUAGCCUACAGGGUCAGAAGGCAAGGAAAGUGGGACCAAUUGGCAGAGGUAAUCGAGAUCUUCAAGUUGUCGAUAAGCGAAGAGCAACUAUUGACAAGAUGCACAAAGUGUAACGGAGACUUUAUUCCUAAAGCAUUAACUGGAGAAGAAGCGGUCGCUCAAGCUCCUUGGAGUCAGGUUAUUCCUGCCUGUGCACUAUCAAACGUGGACGAGUUUUGGCAGUGCGCUGUGUGUAAGCACGUUUACUGGCAGGUACAUGCAACGUGGGAAGAGAACUUCCGCCGAAAUGUUUUACCGGUGUGAAGUGAAUUGUAAAUACGUGUAGUUGUAAAAUAUGUAUGUUGACUGGAGUUAUGAAUGAAAUAUAUUCUCUUUCUUCGUGCA